AUGGACUCGAGCAACCCGGAGCUGGUGUAUGUGGUGCACCUGAACGACAAUGGCUCCCCGGACGCCCACCACAGCUACGUCAACCUGCCCCCACCGACGACUCCGGCGUACAGUCUCCGCCUACAGUUCGAGGGCAGCAGUCCGCUGUGCCGAUACGGGAGUCUAUGGGUGAAUAUCCCUUCUGUGGGCGAGGAGUUUCGGAGGGACAAGUACCGCGAAUACAAGUUGAAGCCGGACUUCAAUAAAGACAUUAAUGUUAAUAUUCCUAUCACUAUAUCCGGCGCUUUCAACUACUACUUCACCUACCGUCAGCUGCCCGAGCUGUUUGGGCCAAAGUCCGGCUCCGAUGCUGGAAAGGAGACCCGGUCUGAGACUUAUCACGUCAAUGUUCGCCCGGCUAUCACGCUCAAGGGCAAAGACUUACCACUAGAAUCACUAUCUGUUUUCUCUGUGGUGUCUAAGUUCAUGGGCGAGUAUCCCAAGGACUGGAACAGACAUCUACGUGGGAUCGGGGAGAGAGGGUACAACGUUGUCCAUUUUACUCCCCUCGUUAAGCGAGGCGCUUCGAACUCACCGUAUAGUAUCUACGAUCAACUCGAGUUCGAAGAAUGUUUUACCAACGGGCAGAAAGAUGUGGCGGAGAUGACGGCGAAUAUGGAGAAGAAUUACGGCCUUCUUGCCCUGACGGACGUUGUUUGGAACCAUGUUGCGCAUAACAGCAAGCUUCUCGAAGACCACCCUGAGGUAGGCUAUAACAUCAAGAACGCCCCAUGGCUUGAAGCUGCGUGGGAGCUGGACACAGCCUUGUUGCAGUAUGGUAACGACCUUGAGAAACUGGGGUUGCCUACGGAAUUCAAGACUGAAGAUGAUAUCUCGAUCGUGCUGGACAAAGCAAGGGCCAACGUCAUUGAUAAGAUAAAGCUCUGGGAGUUUUAUGCAAUUGAUGUUGAAAGGGAUACUGCUGCAGCACUCGCUUCGUGGAAAUCAGGCAAGGUAGGAGAUGCUGACCUUGGAAACGCGGAAGAAAUCCGAGGAUGGUCACUGGAGAAGAAGGCCAAGUUCCUUCGUCGGAAAGGGGUAACCAAUGCCAACCGAGUCCUCGGACGGUAUGGUCGUAAAGUUGACCCCGAAAUAGCAGCUUCUUUUCUCACAGUUAUGUUUGGAAGCCAUGCUGAAACCACGACUGAAGCAUCCAAAGUCGAAGCUGAGCUCCGGAAACUCCUCGAUGAAGUUAAUCUUCCUCUGUUCACGGAAUUUGAUAAAGAUGUUGCCUCCAUCCUUGAUCAGCUCUUUAGCCGGAUAAAAUACCUCCGGAUGGAUGACCAUGGACCAAAGAUGGGGCCUGUGAGCAAGGAUAGCCCCCUUAUUGAAACAUAUUUCACCAGGCUCUCCCCGAAAGGCAAGCAAGACCCCAGGUUGCUUGCGCUUGCAAACAAUGGGUGGGUAUGGAAUGCGGAUGCAAUGAGAGACAAUGCUGGCCCAGACUCUCGUGCAUACCUAUUGCGAGAGGUUAUUGUCUGGGGAGACUGUGUUAAACUAAACUAUGGAGCAUCACGAGACGACAAUCCUUUCCUCUGGGACUAUAUGGCGGAUUACACCAAGUUGAUGGCCAAGCACUUCAUGGGCUUCCGCAUAGAUAACUGCCAUUCAACGCCCAUUCUGGUGGCUGAGUAUCUCCUUGAUGAAGCCAGAAGGGUCCGGCCUAAUCUAGUUGUCUUCGCCGAGUUGUUCACCGGCUCAGAGCAAACUGAUUACAUAUUUGCUAAAAGGCUCGGCCUGACGGGUUUGAUUCGGGAGGCUAUGCAGGCUUGGAGCGCUGGUGAGCUCAGUCGACUUGUUCAUCGCCAUGGAGGGAGACCCAUCGGUAGUUUUGAGGCAGACCUCCUAUAUCACGCUGAUCAUCGGGAAUCUAACCAGAUUGUUAAACAACUGCCGUAUACACCUCUACACGCACUCUUCAUGGACUGUACACAUGACAACCAAAUGCCUGCCCAGAAACGUGAAGCAAGAGAUACUCUUCCUAACGCUGCAUUGGUUGCCAUGUGUUCGUCUGCUAUCGGUAGUGUGAUGGGAUAUGAUGAAAUAUAUCCCAAACAUAUAGACAUGGUCAAUGAAACGCGCCUAUAUGCAUCGCCUUCCUCUGAUAACGGAGUGAAGUCAAAGACGGGUGAAGGGGGUAUUGGUGGAAUCAAAAAGUUGCUGAAUGAGCUCCACACCAGCAUGGCUGUAGGCUGCUAUGAUGAAACACAUAUUCAUCAUGAGGGCCAAUACAUCACUGUCCAUCGUGUCCAGCCAAAUUCAAGGAAAGGUGUUUUGCUCAUUGCGCAUACUGCUUUCUCUGGAUCCAAGGACGACCAUAGCCUAGAUCCGAUAGUUCUCUGUGGAACUAACGCGAAGAUGAUUGGUGCAUGGAGAUUGGAUAUGAUUUCUGCCAACGGGGACGGAAAUAUGAAGAAUGGGCUCAUAAUUGGACUUCACAGCAAGGUUUCUGAUGUUGAAGGAAUCAGCAUUGAUAAUGACGGCAACAACACAAUGAUUCGUGUGCCAGCUGACUUCGCUCCUGGAUCAAUUGCACUCCUGGAGACCUGGCUGCCGGAAAACAAUUUGCUAAAGGAUCUGAGUACCUUCAUUACUUCUGAUGCAGAAGCUGCGUUCAAGUCCCUGGAUCCAGUUGACCUGAACUUCGUCUUAUACAAGUGUGAUGCGGAAGAAAAAGACAUUAGCCAUGGCUCGGAUGGCGUGUAUGAUAUUCCAAACUCCGGUCCAUUGGUAUAUGCUGGGCUUCAGGGGUGGUGGAGCGUUCUCGAAGAAGUUAUUCGCAAUAACGAUGUGGGUCAUCCUAUUUGCGAUAACCUUCGAAAAGGACAGUGGGCUCUGGACUUUAUCGUCCGGAGAAUGCACAAAGCAGCUUCCGAUGAAGGGUACGAACGACUGAAGGAGCCAGCCGAAUGGCUUCAGGGUCGAUUUGAUGCAAUCAGAAAAUUACCUUCGUUUUUGUUGCCCCGAUAUUUCGCCAUUGUUAUCAAAACCGCAUACGACGCUGCUUUAGCCCGAGGUAUCCAACUCCUUGGUGUCACUGUUGAGCAUGGUAAGGAUAUUAUACACGAACUCGCAAUGGUAAGUAUACAGCAGGUGGGAUUUGUCAAUUCCGCAUCUCUAUACCCGACGAAACGUAUACCUUGUCUUGCCGCUGGCCUUCCUCAUUUCUCAACAGGCUGGGCGAGGUGUUGGGGAAGGGAUGUUUUUAUCUCUUUGCGUGGCCUCCUCUUGUGCACGGGGAGAUUUGACGAAGCGAAAGAGCAUAUUCUUGCAUUCGGAAGCGUGCUGAAACAUGGUCUCAUGCCGAACCUGCUUUCCGAUGGAAAGGCGCCGCGAUAUAAUGCUCGUGAUGCAGUAUGGUUCUUUCUACAGGCUAUCCAAGACUACAUCAAGAUUGUGCCAGAUGGAACCUCAAUACUGGAAGAGAAAGUUCGUCGUCGAUUCUUGCCAUAUGAUGAUACAUGGUUCCCCCACGAUGACAGUCGAGCAUAUCGCGAGACCUCAACAGUGUCAGACAUCAUCCAAGAGAUACUCCAAAGACAUGCUUCAGGCAUCUCUUUCCGUGAGUAUAACGCAGGCCCUAACCUCGAUAUGCAGAUGAAGGAUGAGGGUUUCCAGGUAGAUAUGCAUGUCGACUGGGAGACUGGUUUGGUAUUUGGAGGAAACCAAUGGAACUGUGGCACAUGGAUGGAUAAGAUGGGUGAAAGCACCAAAAGCGGAAAUAAAGGUCAUCCGGGAACACCCCGAGAUGGCGCAGCUAUUGAGAUCAACGGGCUGCUUUAUAGCAUUCUCUCAUGGCUUUCAUCUCUCACAGACCAAGGGAAAUUCCAAUACAAGGGCGUUGAAGUUGAUUCUGGAAAAUCAGUAUCUUAUGCGGAAUGGGCUGCAAAAGUUAAAUCCAACUUUGAGAGGUGUUAUUAUAUCCCUGAAAAUCCAGCUGACGAUGGCAAAUACGACGUCAAUAGCAAGAUUGUUCACCGACGUGGGAUUUAUAAAGACCUCUAUCGUUCUGGCAAGCCAUACGAAGAUUACCAGUUCCGACCCAACUUUGCUGUUGCGAUGACUGUCGCCCCCGAGUUAUUCGCCCUGGAUAAAGCACUCCAAACGCUCGAACUGGCUGAUACUGUGCUCCGUGGGCCGAUGGGUAUGGCGACCCUGGACCCCAAAGAUCUCAACUAUAAUCCAUAUUAUGUGAACUCCGAGGAUUCUACCAACUUUGCAACUGCAAAGGGGAGAAAUUAUCAUCAAGGACCAGAAUGGCUGUGGCCCACUGGGUAUUUCUUGAGAGCACUAAUGAAGUUUGUCCUUAUGCGAAGAGACAGCCCCCAGGACCGUACGGAUAUAUUCCAGCAGCUCACGAAUCGGCUGGAAGAGUGCAAGAAGGCACUUCGAAGUAGCCCUUGGCGGGGACUAACAGAGCUGACAAAUAAGGAUGGCGAAUUGUGUGUGGACUCGUCUCCAACCCAGGCAUGGUCUGCCGCGUGUCUAAUUGAUCUCUAUUAUGAUGCGUCGCAGUUGAGGAAGCUGGAGUGA